AUGACAUCAGCAAACUCAACCCCAAGUUUCCUGGCAUUAAUUCAGUUGUGUUUCCUCCAUCUCCAGGGAAACCGUGGUCGCACUGGAGUUGUCAUUGCUGCCUACAUGCAUUACAGCAACAUCUCGGCCAGUGCUGACCAAGCUUUGGAUCGAUUUGCCAUGAAGAAAUUCUACGAAGACAAGAUCCUUCCAGUGGGCCAGCCCUCCCAACGCAGGUAUGUGCAUUAUUUCAGUGGGCUGCUCUCUGGAACUAUCAAGAUGAACAACAAGCCUUUGUUCUUGCAUCAUGUCAUCAUGCACGGAAUUCCUGACUUCGAGGCCAAAGGUGGAUGUCGGCCAUUCCUGAAGAUCUACCAAUCAAUGCAGCCAGUUUAUACGUCAGGAAUCUACAACAUUCCCGGAGACGGACAGACCAGUAUCUGUAUAACCAUCGAGCCAGGCCUCAUGCUCAAAGGAGACAUACUGCACCUGGAGAAUGGCCCCAGUGUCUCUGUCGAUUAUAACACUGCCGACCCUUUGAUCCGCUGGGAUUCGUACGAGAACUUCAACGCUCAGCGAGAGGACCAUCCAGAGGAUGUGGUGCACACCCAGGGCCCUUUGGACGGGAGUUUGUACGCCAAAGUAAAGAAGAAGGAUUCAACUGAUGGCACGGCCAAUCCAGUUACUGCUAAUGGUAUUCCCUUACCCGGGGUGCCCAACCACAUUGAGCACACCCUCUCGGUGAGCAGUGAUUCAGGUAACUCCACCGCCUCCACCAAAACCGACAAGACCGACGAACCACCUGCCGCCAGUGCCCAGGGCAUCACGCCAGAAGAGAGGAGAGAACUUGCUCGCCUGCUGAGUGGUUUCGGGCUGGACAGUGAGGUGCCCAUGCACACCCGGGCCGCUGCGGCGCACCAUGUGCUGGUGCCUGCCCAGGUUCACGUCAACGGAGACCUGCCAUUGGCCAGUGCUGAGCGGGAAACGGACAUUCUGGAUGAUGAUUUGCCCAACCAUGACCUGAACAGUAUCGACAGCGUGGGGACCCUCUCUUCCUUUGACGGUGCCUACCCUUCAGCCGCGGGGGAGGCAAAUUACCGCGAGUGUCCUCCCAUGGACCAGACCGCACUCGUGUCCAACGGGCCACCAUUGGGUUACACCAACAAACUCCAACGAGGGGGCUACGGUGAGCCAGAGCUGGUGGAGUCGGGUUACACCAAGAACAUCCCAAGGAGCAUCAGCAUCACACAGCCCAACCAAACCCCACCCCCGAGGGGUCACUUGGUUCCUGUCAUCUCCAGCCCUCAGCCAGUCACUUACACAAUGCCGAGCUGUGUCCAACAACCUCAGACUGCCAUUGUCCAACAGUCCUACCCAACCGCACCAAACGCCAUGUACCGCUCACAGUCAUUCAGUAUGCCUGACAACUCCAGGCAUGACCCAGUGCCCCAGACACCAAAACGCAGUACCAGCAGCAGAGACGCUGUGCAAAGAGGCCUGAGCAGCUGGCAGCAGCUGGACCGGUGGUCACCACCAUACCCACAGGCCAAUGGACUACCUGAGGGACCCAGCGACACUUUGAGAACUCAAAGCCCACAGCACAGCAGUUCCGAACCCACGCUGCAAAGCCAUAACAUCCCGGAGUUCCCAAGGAUGGCCUCUCAGCAGGAGAUUGAACAGUCCAUUGAGGCCCUCAAUAUCCUCAUGCUGGACCUCGACCCUUCCUUGUCUCAGGCACAAAGGUUUCAGAAUGAGCCCGCUCCACAUCCCCAUCCCCCCGACCAUCGGGACAGCACCCAGACAUCCUCCAACACCACUGUGUCUGCUAAUCUGCAUACGCCAACCCAACCAUUGGCACGCACGGCUGAUCUAAUCCAUCAGGGCUCACCAGGGCAAGAUCAGAGACAUGUGGAAAAUGGCCCACAGAGUGUCUUCCCCCCUCAGGAGCAGCAUUAUAACCCUGGCAGUGCCUAUUACCCAAGCUAUGGCCACCUCACCCAGCUAACACAGCCAGAUGGUACCACAGUCACAAGCUAUGGCCGAGGUCUCAGCACCAAAUCAUCGUCUCUGGAUCCAUCAUUCACUCCUUACAGUGGACCCACUUCCCCAUCUUACUCCAUGCCACAGGCUCCAGUCAAAUCUGCCAGCUUCGAUGGCAUCCCGAGGAUGCCUGAGGAAGAAAAUUAUAACCUGGAGGGACUGGUGGCUCAACGGGUGGCAGGAAUACGGUCCCAGGCCACAAGCCCCGAGGGGAUGGGGCCUAGUGCGAGACGCAGAACAGCCAGCGAGGGACAGUAUGAGAACGGUGGAGAGAGUGGCCCCCAGAGCCCCACCGUGCGUUCCCCAGUCCGCUGCGUCUCCCCCGAACUGGCCAGCUCCAUCGCUGCGAACCCAGGAGGACAUCCCCGCGAGCCAAACAUGCACAGCUACAGAGAGGCUUUCGAGGAAAUGGAUGGAGCACCAAUCAGUCCCACCAGUGGGGCAGCCCGCUCCCCCCCAGGACUAGCCAAGACCCCACUCUCCGCCCUGGGCCUGAAACCGCACAAUCCAGCUGAUGUACUUCUCCAGUCAGCAACUCUUGGACAAGAGCCCAGGAGUUACGUGGAGUCUGUGGUGAGGACAGCAGCUGUCGGGGCAAGCGAUCUGCAGGCUCCCUCUCCGCCAUCACAGAGCUACACGGUGGAAGCCCCGAGCAGCAGUGUACCCUGUGACACAUCAUUCACAUCCCCCAACCCCAUUUCAAGCAGCAGCCCCUUACUCAGCAUGGAGAGCUCCUUCAUCGUCAACUCUUCGCCAGGAGAUACCAAUGGACAUGGAGUCAGUACAGCCCACCCAUCUCUGGAUUCUAGUUUGAGAUCGGCCAGUUUCUCUCAGCCAUCCUACACAGAGAGUAGCUAUUUUAACAACAGUCCAUCUAACCAGUCUGCCCUAGGAACAGGCAGCUCCUCAGGAAGCUUUGUGAUGGUGCCAGAGUCUUCCCUAAGCCCAGGAGCACCUCCUCAGGACAGAGCAGCAACUCUGAGCUCCCAGCCCCUACACAGGACAGUGGCCACCAAUACCCCGCCAAGCCCAUCCCUGGGCAGGAGGAUAAUGAGUCCCGGAGCGCCGGGAAGUCCAGGAAUGACCAGGCACCAAGGGAGUGCUCACGGAGUUGGACCCGGCACCUCCAGUAGCCCCAUCCUGUCCCGAUAUCCAGGUAUUCUGAGUGCUAGUGCCCCUGUCACUCCCAGCACCCCCAUCACAGAGCCGUACGGAUUCUCGAGUCCUACAGCACAGCUAGAUCAGCAGUAUCCCACCCUGUCACACCAGGCCAGCUCUACAGGAUACGUCUCACCAGGAACACCGGCAUUCCCCGUCUCACCGGCCUACUAUAACUCCAGCAGCCCGGUGCCAGCUUCCACCUCCAGCCACACAGUGCCCAGUGGCUCCUCACCAUCUCGAAGCUACAUGGUCAUUGGCCCCCAACCUGCCCUGCCGGAGAAGAGGAGAAUGUCGAGCGGGGACCGUGGCACCAGUACAACAAACUAUGCCACCGUCAAUGGCAAGACCACCACUAAUGUGCCGAGCGGAAUCACGAGUCACACUGUCGGGAGCACACCAAGUGUAGCCUUUUCACACACUCUCCCCGACUUCUCCAAACUCUCACUGCAUGGAUUCCUGCUCCUAGGGAGUUUGUCUGCUCUGGUUUAUCAACAUUCGAUAACUCCACUAGCCCUGCCAUGCAAACUUGUAAUCCCGAGCCAAGAUCCAGUGGAUAAAACCCCUGAACCAGCUGUGUCAUCAAACUCUCCAAUGGAGCUGCUGAAACAGGGUGCAGCGUGUAAUGUGCUGUUUGUGAAUUCUGUGGACAUGGAGUCACUGACUGGACCCCAGGCCAUUGCCAAGGCCAUCUCGGAAACGCUGGGAGCCCCCGCACAGCCUGUCGCUACAGUCGUCCAUUUCAAAGUGUCCUCUCAGGGAAUCACCCUGACUGACAACCAGAGGAAGCUAUUCUUCCGCCGUCACUAUCCCAUCAGCAGUGUUACAUUCUGUGACCUCGACCCCCAAGAGAGAAGGUGGACAAAGACUGAUGGAGGGGCGUCAAAGUGA